AUGACAGGCUGUUCUACAGCUGCAUAUAAAAGAUGGGAGAAAGCAGCGAUUGCCGGGGUUUCGUUGGUGGCUGAUGCUGCUGAACAUUUGGAGCGGACAAUCACCGAGAAAGAGGUUGAACGUGUCCAUGAAGCACCAGCUUGUGGUAAUUCUCAACGUGUUGGAGAAGUGGAGCUCUCUUUGCCAAUGCCAUCACGAAGUCGUUUCAACAAAUGCAAUGCACAAAACUCUAUGAAACUUAAGCUCCAGCUGUUCCCAAUUGAUGACUGCACUAGGAAAUCCUUGGAAGCGGACAACCAUAAUCCCCAUCUAGAGCUCACUUUGGGUACAAGAAAGAAGAUAUCAUCUGUAUUAGAUCACCUCAACCGCAAAUGGGGAAAUUCAAACUUAUUAUCUGGAGAUUUAAUGCUUUUUCCUUACUGGGCACACUGUGAUAACCUGGUGGGGUGUCAGAAGUGGACUAAGGAUUCUCUGCUCUGUGCAGCAGAUGUAUACGCAACAGUCGGAAGCCCUCCAGUUUUCCGCCUCAGAUAUGGUUGGUUUUCAAAAGCUGAGCUUGAAUCUGCAACACCUCCAGCAUUGCAGUCAUAUGCUGAUGUUAGUGAGAAAAAUAUGAACAUCUAUAUAAUGAAAGAGCAUGACAUUGAGUCUGUGCCAACAUCAAGUGCAACUUAUCACAAAUCUGGGAACUUAAGUGAUACUUGUCAAGAACCGUUAGCCUCUGCAGAUAAUACGACUUUUACAACUCCCUCUUCAACCUUAGUUUCGGAGGAUGAGAUCAUUGAGUGUUGUGGAAUGGAUCCCGACAUCAAUGUUUCAAGGUACAUGGAGAGUACUCCAGCUGUUUCAUUAGUAAGAAGGGAGACCGGAGCUCGAGCUGAUAGAAGACAAGUUGAAAACAUGGAUGAUCGGAGCACACAGAAGGAUUUGGUACUUUCAUCUGGCGAGUGGGCUGAUAGUCUUACCUGUCACAAUGAGUCCAGGAAUGCUUCUUUAGAGACCUGUAAACAAAUUAUUAGGACAAGUUCUUCAAUAUCCCAUGAAGCAGUUGAGGAGUUGACUGAAGACAAGAAAUCAAGUAAUGAUGAUCCUACGUAUGGAGACACAGUGGAGACCUUAGAGCAUUCUGCAAAGGAUUUUAGCGGACUAACUGACAUAUAUUGGCCUGACUCGUUAGGACCGCUAGAUUUGGAUAUACCCUCCUGUAGAUUGCAUACUGACGAUCUAAUUCUUAGCAAUGGCAUUGGUGGUUUGAACCGGUUCCUAGCUAACAGUCUGGACGCGUUCCAAAAUUGCUCCUUUUUUGGGUUGGACCGGAAAGAAUCUGCAUCCGCAGUUGAAGCUCGCCAAACAGCUUCCAUUUCAGACUUCAAAAUCAGCGGAUAA